CGGCCGCGGGCUCCGGUUCCCCGGCCACGCGUGAACGUGCUCGCCCAGCCCGAGCUGCCGGGGCCGUGACUGUAGCUGAGAGGGGCGCAAGCGCUCUGCCCACCCCGGGAGACCCGCCGGGCCGCAGACCCGGAGUUUCAUGUCAGUUGGUGUUUUGAAUCGUCAUAGAGAACACUGAGCUCUGAAGAAGAUGCUGGAGACCAUAGACAAAACCAGAGCCCUGCAGGCAGCAGAGCGCUUGCAGAACAAGCUAAAGGAGCGUGGGGAUGCCGCCAAUGAAGACAAACUGAGCCUCCUGAGGUCUGUCCUGCAGAGCCCUCUCUUCAGUCAGAUUCUAAACCUUCAGACGUCUCUACAGCAGCUGAAAGACCAGGUAAACAUUGCUACUUUGGCAACUACAAAUGCUGAUCCUGCCCACAUACCUCAGCUCGGCUCUGCUACAAUUCCCACUCUGCAAAGUGAAUCACUUUUGCUGUCUCCAAAUAAUGGGAACCUGGAAGCACUUUCCGGACCUGGUGCUCUACCUGUCAUGGUUGGGAAGCCUACCUCUGAUGAACUCGAUCAGCUCAUCAGAAAUAUGGCCCAGGGCCGCCAUGUGGAAAUAUUUGAGCUCCUCAAACCUCCAUGUGGAGGACUUGGGUUUAGUGUUGUUGGACUCAGAAGUGAAAACAGGGGAGAGUUGGGAAUAUUUGUACAGGAGAUUCAAGAGGGCAGUGUGACUCACAGAGAUGGCAGACUGAAGGAGACGGACCAGAUACUCGCCAUCAAUGGCCAGGUCCUGGACCAGACGAUCACACACCAGCAGGCCAUUAGCAUCCUGCAGAAGGCCAAAGACACUGUGCAGCUGGUUGUUGCCAGAGGCUCGUCGUCUCAGGUCCCCAGCCCCCGAAUUUCCCGGUCUCCAUCUGCAGCCAGCACAGUUUCAGCCCACUCGAACCCAAUUCACUGGCAGCAUGUGGAAACUAUAGAGCUGGUAAAUGAUGGCUCAGGUCUGGGAUUUGGUAUCAUAGGAGGAAAAGCAACUGGUGUGAUAGUCAAGACCAUUCUGCCUGGAGGAGUGGCUGACCAGCAUGGGCGAUUGUGCAGUGGAGACCACAUUCUAAAGAUUGGGGACACGGACCUGGCAGGAAUGAGCAGUGAGCAAGUAGCACAGGUUCUCAGGCAGUGUGGAAAUAGAGUUAAGCUGAUGAUUGCCAGAGGCGCUGUGGAAGAAACUGCAGCACCCUCCUCUUUGGGCAUCACCCUCUCCCAGUCCCCAGUCUCUACAUCAGAGAUGCGUGUUGAUGCAUCUACUCAAAAAAGUGAAGAAAGUGAGAUGUUUGAUGUGGAACUCACAAAAAAUGUCCAAGGAUUAGGAAUUACCAUUGCUGGCUAUAUUGGAGAUAAAAAAUUAGAACCUUCAGGAAUCUUUGUAAAGAGCAUUACAAAAAGCAGUGCUGUGGAACAUGAUGGAAGAAUCCAAAUUGGAGAUCAAAUUAUAGCAGUAGAUGGCACCAACCUUCAAGGUUUCACCAAUCAGCAAGCAGUAGAGGUGUUACGUCACACAGGACAGACAGUGCGCCUGACACUAAUGAGGAAGGGAGCAAGACAGGAAGCAGAGCUGUUAUCUAGAGAAGACACCUCAAAAGAUGUGGACGUAAUACCUGGUGAUGCCACUGUAAGCCAAGAAAAUUAUGAAAAAGAUGAAGAGUCUUUAUCUUUGAGGAGAAAUACCAGCAUAUUGCCGAUUGAAGAAGAAGGGUAUCCAUUGUUGUCAACUGAGCUGGAAGAAGCAGAAGAUGUGCAGCAAGAGGCUGCCCUGCUGACAAAGUGGCAGAGGAUUAUGGGAAUUAACUAUGAAAUAGUGGUGGCUCAUGUAAGCAAAUUUAGUGAGAACAGCGGACUGGGGAUAAGUCUGGAAGCGACUGUGGGCCAUCACUUCAUCCGGUCUGUUCUACCAGAAGGCCCUGUGGGACACAGUGGGAAGCUCUUCAGUGGAGAUGAGCUGUUGGAAGUGAAUGGUAUAAAUUUGCUUGGAGAAAAUCAUCAAGAUGUGGUCAAUAUUUUAAAGGAGUUGCCUAUAGAUGUGACAAUGGUGUGCUGCCGCCGAACUGUGCCCCCCAGUGCCUCAGCAGAAUUGGAUGGCCUGGACAUAAGUGAUCUUGAACUAACAGAAAAGCCUCAUAUAGAUCUCGGUGAGUUCAUCGGUUCUUCGGAGACAGAGGAUCCCAUGCUGGUGAUACCUGAUGCGGAUCAGAAUGCUGAGGAGAUUCAAACACCACUGGCCAUGUGGGAGGCUGGCAUUCAGUCCAUAGAGCUGGAGAAAGGGAGCAGGGGCCUUGGCUUCAGCAUUUUAGACUACCAGGACCCCAUCGACCCAGAAAGCACUGUGAUAGUCAUUCGUUCUCUGGUGCCUGGUGGCAUUGCUGAGAAGGAUGGCCGGCUUCUUCCUGGAGACAGACUCAUGUUUGUCAAUGACAUUAACCUGGAAAACAGCAGUCUUGAAGAGGCUGUGGAGGCCCUGAAGGGAGCGCCCUCAGGGAUGGUGCGGAUAGGUGUGGCCAAGCCUUUGCCGCUUUCACCGGAAGAAGGAUAUGUUUCUGCCAAGGAGGACGCCUUUCUCUGCCCACCACACUCCUGCAAGGAGCCAGGCCUGACUGACAAAGCCCUCUUCAGGGCUGACUUGGCUCUGAUAGACGCACCUGAUGCUGAGUCAGUAGCUGAGUCAAGAUUUGAGUCUCCGUUCUCUCCUGAUAAUGACAGUGUUUACUCUACCCAGGCCUCCGUUUUAUCUCUGCACGAUAGUUCCUGCAGUGAUGGCAUGAACUACAGCCCCUCCCUUCCUUCAUCUCCUCCCAAGGAUGUGACUGGAAGUUCUGACCUAGUGCGUGGUCUUCAUUUGUCCCUGGAAGAACUCUAUACACAGAACCUCCUGCAGAGACAGCAGGCUGCCUCUCCUCUCCCACAUAUGAGCGUGGCAGCUACCUCUGGUUCUGCCGUCUGUGACUAUACACCUGCAAAUGCUGCUGAACCAAAAUAUGAAUGUGCAAACACAGUAGCAUGGACUCACUCACAGGUACCAAGUGGCCUGUGCACCACAGAGCUUGCCCCUGCCCUGCCUACCGCAGCUCAAAAGGGUCCCGAGUAUUUAACUGAACAGAGCUCUCUGGCUUCUGAUGCCGAGUCUGUCCCCCUGCAAAGCAUGUCCCAUGAAGCUUUCGAAAGGACAGUCACUAUAGCAAAGGGCAGCUCCAGUCUGGGGAUGACAGUCAGUGCUAACAAAGAUGGCCUUGGAGUGAUUGUCCGAAGCAUUAUUCAUGGAGGUGCCAUCAGUCGGGAUGGCCGGAUUGCUGUUGGCGACUGCAUUUUGUCCAUUAAUGAAGAAUCAACCAUCAGUUUAACCAAUGCCCAGGCACGAGCCAUGUUGAGAAGACAUUCUCUUAUUGGACCUGACAUAAAAUUCUCUGCAGCACCUGCUGACGAUCGAGCCCCCUUUUAUGUAAUUACUUAUGUGCCUGCAGAACACUUGGAAGAGUUCAGAGUAAGUUUUGGUCAACAAUCUGGAGGAAUAAUGGCACUGGAUAUUUUUUCUUCAUACACUGGCAGAGACAUUCCAGAACUCCCAGAGCGGGAAGAAGGAGAGGGGGAAGAAAGUGAGCUGCAGAAUGCUGCUUACAGCAGCUGGAGCCAGCCCCGGAGGGUGGAACUUUGGAGAGAACCAAGCAAGUCCUUGGGCAUCAGCAUUGUGGGUGGUCGGGGGAUGGGGAGCCGCCUGAGCAAUGGUGAAGUGAUGAGGGGCAUUUUCAUCAAACAUGUUCUCGAAGAUAGUCCGGCUGGCAAAAAUGGAACCUUAAAGCCUGGAGACAGGAUAAUCGAGGUGGAUGGAAUGGACCUCAGAGAUGCAAGCCAUGAACAAGCUGUGGAAGCCAUUCGGAAAGCAGGCAACCCUGUAGUAUUUAUGGUACAGAGCAUUAUAAACAGACCAAGGAAAUUCCCUUUGCCUUCCUUGCCGCACAACCUUUACCCUAAGUACAGCUUCAGCAGCACUAACCCAUUUGCUGACUCUCUCCAGCUCUCCACAGACAAGGAGCUCCAACAUCCAAGUACUGUCAGCUCCCAUUGUUCCCCAGCUGACCCUUUUGCUCCCAUACCAUUUAAGGCCCCCAGCCGGUCAGCAUCAGAGUCAGAGAAGGCUCCAUUGUGUGAUGUUCCUCCCUCCUCCCCUUCAGGGUUCUCAGAAAUGGGUAGUGACUGUGCACAGCCAUCUGCAAUCACAGUCUCAGAAGAUGCAGACAAAGAGGAUGAGUUUGGGUACAGCUGGAAAAAUAUCCAAGAGCGUUAUGGAACCCUCUCAGGCCAGCUCCACAUGAUUGAGCUGGAGAAAGGUCACAGCGGUUUGGGUCUAAGUCUUGCUGGGAACAAAGACCGAACCAGGAUGAGUGUGUUUAUAGUGGGGAUAGAUCCCACUGGAGCGGCAGGAAGAGAUGGCCGGCUACAGGUUGCUGAUGAGCUUCUAGAGAUCAAUGGCCAGAUAUUGUAUGGCAGAAGUCAUCAGAAUGCUUCGUCAAUCAUUAAAUGUGCUCCAUCUAAAGUAAAAAUAAUUUUUAUCAGAAAUGAAGAUGCAGUGAACCAGAUGGCUGUGUGUCCUGGAAAUGCAGCAGAGCCUCUACCUUCUGUAUCAGAAAGUCCUCAAAAUAAGGAGGUGGAGCCAAGUGUUACUACUUCUGCAGCUGUGGAUCUCAGUUCACUGACAAACGUGUACCAUCUGGAGCUUCCCAAGGAUCAAGGAGGUUUGGGAAUCGCUGUCAGCGAGGAAGACACACUCAAUGGAGUAGUCAUCAAGAGUCUAACUGAGCACGGAGGAGCAGCCAAGGAUGGACGACUUAAAGCUGGCGAUCAGAUCUUGGCCGUAGAUGAUGAAGUUGUUGUUGGAUGUCCUGUUGAGAAGUUUAUCACCCUUCUGAAGACAGCAAAGGCAACUGUAAAACUGACUGUUCGAGCUGAGAAUCCAGCCUGCCAGGCUGUUCCUGCAACAGCUUCUUCAGCCAGUGGAGAAAGGAAAGACACUGCCCAGUCUCCUGCAGUCCCACCUGUGGACCCAGACUCCAUCCCAAGUACAAGCAGGUCAUCAACCCCAGCAGUCUUUGCUUCUGACCCUGCUACCUGUCCCAUCAUCCCUGGCUGUGAAACAACAAUUGAGAUUUCCAAAGGGCAAACAGGACUGGGCCUGAGUAUUGUUGGCGGGUCAGACACACUGCUGGGUGCUAUUAUUAUCCAUGAAGUUUAUGAAGAGGGAGCAGCAUGCAAAGAUGGAAGACUGUGGGCAGGAGACCAGAUUUUAGAGGUGAAUGGUAUUGAUCUGAGAAAGGCCACGCAUGAUGAAGCAAUCAAUGUCCUGAGGCAGACUCCACAAAGAGUGCGGCUGACGCUCUAUCGGGACGAGGCCCCAUACAAAGAAGAGGAUGUGUGUGAUACCUUCACCAUUGAGCUGCAAAAGAGGCCAGGCAAAGGCCUUGGCUUGAGUAUUGUUGGCAAGAGAAAUGACACUGGGGUAUUUGUAUCAGACAUUGUCAAAGGAGGCAUUGCAGAUGCUGAUGGGAGAUUGAUGCAGGGGGACCAGAUUUUAAUGGUGAAUGGAGAAGAUGUCCGGAAUGCCACCCAGGAAGCAGUUGCUGCCCUACUAAAGUGUUCCCUAGGCACAGUAACUCUGGAAGUUGGAAGAAUCAAAGCUGGUCCAUUCCACUCAGAGAGGAGGCCUUCUCAAAGCAGCCAGGUGAGUGACAGUAGCCUGUCAUCCUUCACUCUUCCACUUUCUGGAAUGAAUGCAUCUGAAUCACUGGAAAGUAACGCGAAGAAGAAUGCAUUAGCAUCUGAAAUUCAGGGAUUAAGAACAGUCGAAAUAAAAAAGGGGCCUGCGGACUCGCUGGGAAUCAGCAUUGCUGGAGGAGUGGGCAGCCCGCUUGGCGAUGUUCCUAUAUUUAUUGCAAUGAUGCAUCCAAACGGUGUUGCGGCUCAAACCCAGAAGCUCAGAGUUGGGGAUAGGAUUGUUACCAUCUGUGGCACAUCCACUGAGGGGAUGACUCACACACAAGCAGUUAACUUGAUGAAAAGUGCCUCCGGCUCCAUUGAAGUGCAGGUGGUUGCUGGGGGAGAUGUGAGUGUGGUCACAGGUCAUCAGCAAGAGCUUGCCAACCCGUGUCUUGCUUUCACUGGGCUAACAUCAAGCAGUAUAUUUCCGGAUGAUUUAGGACCUCCACAGUGUAAGACUAUAACACUAGAUCGAGGACCAGAUGGUUUAGGCUUCAGCAUUGUAGGAGGAUAUGGCAGCCCUCAUGGAGACUUACCAAUUUACGUGAAAACAGUAUUUUCAAAGGGAGCAGCCGCGGAAGACGGGCGUCUAAAAAGGGGCGAUCAGAUCAUUGCUGUCAACGGGCAGAGUCUAGAAGGAGUAACCCAUGAAGAAGCGGUCGCCAUCCUUAAGAGGACAAAAGGCACUGUCACCCUCGUGGUUCUCUCCUGAACAGGCUGCCAAAGCUGAACCAGCCCAGCCACCUCCUGUAACAGUGUGGAACUUCGAACUGUCCCUGUGGGUUUCCUAUGCUGUGUUCAUUGGGGGAAACUACAGUCGGGAGAGAAACAUUUAGUGAUUUGUUACUGACAACUUAGCAACAUUUUUCCUUUCCCGUUGCAUUUUAUGAUCCUUAACUGAAAGAGAAGGAAUAUUUGCGUAAUAGGUAAACCUCAUUUUUAUUUUGAAGACAUCUAACAAUUUAUAGUCAUGUGGACAAAAUUAUUAUAGGCUCAUUUUGGUAAUAUGGAAACAAAAUAACUCAAAGCUAGCCAAAAGAAAUGGCCUCAGAAAAUUAGGAUUAAAAAAAAGUAAAAAUUUACAAAAAAAAAAAAAGAAGACAAUCUUGAGUUUUAGAAAAGUGCCCCAAUCUGGGCAGUCUCCCUACCCCAAUAAAUGUGCACAAUAAUCUUGAACAGGUUAUUUUAAAAUUGUGAACACUGUUGCAUACUGGUUCUUCUUACCUCUAAUAUAUAUUUUUCUGCUAACAUUAGCAGUCUUACUAAGCUUUAAAAGGAAACCAUGUUUAAUGCAUAUCUUGGUGUUCAUUUUCAGUUUUUGACCUGCUAUGUUUUCAUGUUGUUGUAAGGAAAAUAAUCAUGCUUCCCUGUGGUGGCUACAGUUCUUCUGAAAAAUAACCAUCCAGCUAUGGAAGACAGAGAAAGGAGCCCAGAACCUUCUAGUGCUGAUUCAACAGACUGACGCGACACUGAAAAUAUAUUAGUGUACUGUGGUAUUGUUUUUCCAUUAGUAUUAAUCUUAAUGACAGAGAAAAAGGCAGUGUGUUAGUAAUUAUUUUGGUUGUAUGCCAUUAAUAAAUUGACAGAAAAAUUAAGGGGGUUAAGAUAACUUCAUUUCAUUGCCAUGUAUUAACAUCUUAUAAUACAAUAGUUUAAGACUAAAGGAAACAGAUGGAGCUGUUUACUGAGACAACUGGUGAGGAAUUAUCAUGUGUUCAAUCCCAUUUUAGAGCGUGAAACUCCUACAUUAGAAUAUAUAAAGUCACUUUAAAUAUUAUCUAUAUUUGUAACAGGAGUAGUGUACAGAUAUUUUAUUAUAGCAUUCUUGUGUAAAUGUAAAGUGAAUAAAUAAGUUUCUGUGGUGCACAACAAAAA